GAAUAUAGAAUUUCCUAGUGUAUAAUUAUUUAUCAUAUGUUUUACACCUAGUUUAGAAAUUGAUUUCGAAAUUCGAUAUUCGCGAAAAAGUAUAGUAAAAAAAAACAGUUUUAUAUUAAUCGCGUUUUAUUCGGGCGGAGAUGGAAACGAACUCUAGACGGGAAUUCAAAUCCCAAAUACCCAUUUCGGAUUCGGGAAUUCCUAACAAAGCCUUCCAAGCUCUAUCAGAGUCUGCGCGGAAAGCGGGUUUGAUAAAACCUAGAGCUGACGCUUACGCCGAAGAAGUACUAGGUCAUCUACCAGAUACACUCUGUGGACCCCUCACCGCGGAUACUUCUCGUAAUAUUUCGUAUCCUGUUUUCGACAACGCGAAUAACGUCACCGCCGACAAAAUAUAUCGCCAAGACGGUGGUGCUUACGAAGGUUACGCUAAAGCAAAGGAUAUCAGAUUGGGCAUUAGAAUAUGGUUCAAAAUACCAUUGCGAGCUCUUAGCAUCGAGGGAGACGCCAACGCAACUAUGGACGACGUGUUUUUCAGUGGACGGGUUCAGUACAUGGGUUUGAUGGGCAAAACGGAUGCCUCAUUCAGAGUAGGCGUAGUUUUAGACUCACUGAACACAUCGGCGACUCAACAAGAAAAAUCCCUUUACCAACGUUGCCUAUCCUUCGGUUCCGAUGGCACCUAUAUCCCGCGUAAUAUAAAAACGCAUCCGAAUCAUUCAAUUAAUAAUCGUUUUCCCGCCAGCAGCGUAACGCCUAACCACAACAACAUAAGCAGCAACAAUCGCAAAUAUUUCGAUUGCGAACAUGGCCGCGGCUUUUACCUCAAAGAGAACGAGUGCUACCAAAAGUCGGCGGCGAAUCGCCACGACCAACAAGAUAAUUCUAGUAAUAGCGGUAAUCCCAGUAUCAUCUCUAAAAACGCCGCGAGUCAAGACGAAUCGAAUGACGACAUAUCCUCUUCCCUAUCCUCCUUUUCCUCCCUAAACCUGAAAAGUCCCGGGUCCCAGUUUUCCCCGCUGCCGUCCCCCUCGAACGAAUUUAUCGAUAACGGUAACAACACCUCUCCCCAAUACCCCAAUAAUGCUCAAAACUAUAAGCAAAUCAAUGCCAAUAAUUCUGAUCGUUCAUUCGACGAGGCUCCGAGAGAGGAGCUGAGAAUCGGAGAUAGGGUGGCCAUCAAAAAUAGCGAUCCCGUGGCGAAAUUACUAGAUAAAUCAAACCUUUUUGCCAAUAAUAGCCAUCACCCUAAUAAUCCAUCCAAUUAUAGUAGCAUGGCGAGCGAUCUGAAUACCCUGAGCGAUAGCGUAGUCAACUUGACCGAAACCGGGGAGGGGAGAAAUAUGAAAGCCGGGAUCGUAAGAUACAUAGGCCCCAUAGAUGUUUCUCCCGGAUGUUGGGUGGGCGUGGAGCUCGACCUAAACUUGGGAAAGAACGAUGGGAGAGUUAAGAAUAAAAGGUACUUCAAAUGCAAACCCAACUAUGGUAUUUUCGUGAAACUCGAGAAAGUGGUCAAACUUCCCCAGGAUAACAGCAAUAUCUACCACAAAAUUUCCGAUAACUUCAAUACUUUCCGCAACGACCUCGUUUUAAACCGUAGGACCACGAUCACCGGAGCCUGUCUUACCGCCGGGAACAGGAACAGGUUUUACAACUCGACAUUGCAUUUGGCGCGCAUGGGCAGUCAGGAAUCCCUAGCGAGCGAAGCCUCAUUCAUGAGUUUGAAUCCGUCAAACGUACGCAAAACGCCUUCCUCAUCGUCCGUCAUCAAUAACGCGCGCCAUAGAAUUUCGAUGAGCCAAAAAAAUCCAAUGUACGAUAACAUGGCUACUAAAGGUAAGGACGAUUAUGCCUCUACACUAAUGAUGUUGCGAAUGGAACUGGAUAAAUGCUUGAAGUGUUCGGAAGGUCAAAAAGUCGAAAUAAAUCGCCUCACAACUCUUAUGAAAGAAAAAAGUGAACAAUUCGAUUGCUUGAACCAAGAUUACGUAAAUUUUAAACAGAACAGCGAAGAAAAAAUUUCGUUCCUUCAUUCCCAAAUCGAGGAUUUUGAGAAGCAAAACGAUGAUUUGGAAAACAAAUUCAAGGAAGAACAACAGAAACGCGAAGAGGCAGAAUUUCAAUUGGAAGAGAUGUCAAUCAUGAAAGACGAGAACAAUCAAAAUGAAAAGUGUGCAUCAAAAUCCGAUUCGAUGGGCGUUAAUAACACGGGCGAAGUUAUCAGCGAGGAAGUGUUCGUGGAUUUAGAGGAGGAUUUGAUAUUGAACGAAAACAUUCGGGAAAAAGAUGAAAAAAUACAAACACUUUACACCGAGAAUGAUUCAUUGAAAUCGAAGAUUGAAAAACUGGAGAACGAUUGGAUUGAACUCAAUAAUGAAAGACAAUCUUUAAUGUUAGCCAACUAUGAUUUGCAAAAGGCUAUGAAUUCCCAAAAAAGCGCAAACGUCUCGAACGAUUUGGAACAAAGAAAUACUGAACUCGUUGCUAUUGUUGAAAAUAUGCGGAAGGGUAUAGAGAAAUUGAAUGAGGAAAUCCUCGAAAAAAAUACGAAAAUGAUUGAAAUGGAAAAGGUGUGCUUUUUGCAGGUCAAAGAAAUAAACGAACAAAAAGAGGAACUAGCCAACAAAUGCCUGAAGGCACAGGCUAACAUCGAUUUAUGUCAUCAGAACUUCACGGAACUGGAGGGAAAAUGCCAUAUAUACGAAAAGAAAAUCGAAGCGAACAACGCGGAUUCCAAUCGUAGAUACGAGGAAUUAAAGAGCCAACUCUUCGAGGAGAUGCAAGUAAAAUUAAAUUUGGAAGCUCAGAAGCUUAAGCGAGACAGGAGUGAAGAAAAUCGUGCCUACCAAGAUAAAAUAAAGCAGCUCGAAGCCAUUAACGCUGAAACUCUGGAGAAAUUUGUAUCUACUUCUCAAAAAAUGGAAAGACUUGAUCAAAAUUACCAGAUGAAAGAUAAGGAGCUACAAGAUUUCUUCUCUAUUAAUGCUGGUUUAAACGAAGAAAUCGAGAGGAUUCAAAGAGAAUUAGAAAGAACGGAAGGACUGUUUUUCUCUCUUAAUGAAGAAAAGACUGAAAGAGAUUCGGAACUUGAUGACUUGAAGGCUACGAUCGAUAAGCAAGAAUCGAUGAUUCAAGCUUUGCGUUCGACGAACGAAAAAUUAAGCGAAAAGGACAUUUUAACCAAGGAAAAUUCGAAAGAUGCCGACCUAAACGGAUUUUCUGAUUCGUUCAAAGAAGACAUCGAUAACUUGAACAUGGACAGCGCGAUGGGAGAUUUCAAGAAUUUAGCGGCAUCCUUAAUUCCCGAGAAUUACGAUACCAUACACAAACAAUGCAACCUAAAACAAGAAUUCCUGAAUGCUGUCAUCAUUGGCAUGAACGAACAACUGGGCCGGCUUAACGUCAGACUCGAUGAAAUGAAGAUGCUGACCGAAGAAUCUAACACACGUCUCAAUAAUGGUGAUCGGGAUUCGAAAAUUUAUUUAAAAUCUAACUCUUCGGAUGAAGAUGGAUAUGAAUUCGUAUCCCCGCCAAGAUCCCCUUCCAAACGCGAUAAAUUACUAUCUGACGAGUCGAAUACUUCUAACAAAAAACACCGUAUCAAAUUAUUUGCCGAUUCUGCCGAGCUCUUGUUUAACAAAAGUUUAACGGCGGCCGCUAAAAAGGUUAAAGCCGACGCCUUAGCCAAGAGACCUUAUUGCGACGAAUGUCAAAUAUUCGAUUCUCACGAGACGGCACAUUGCCAAUACACUAGCGCUGCCGAAAACGGUCGCUUAGAUGAUCCAAUAUUCGUGGAUGGCGUUCGUAACAAACAAUCUCCUAAAUCAAAAGGAGAUUUAUGGGAUUUCAAAGGAGUGCUAGCUAAGGUUAAGGGGAUCAACGGACAUUCAAAUUCUCCCGAAAGUUGCGAUAAAAUCUCGAUAAAUGGCAAAGUUGUCCGCAAUGGUUCCUGCGAUCAUUCCCCUACAAAGAAACGCGGUACAGAUACGGUUAAAAAUGGCAAAGGCAUGAAAGGUCUCAAGGGAAUGUGGAGAGGCAGUAUCGACCGACCUUAUUGCGAAGAUUGUGAAGAGUUCGAUCAUGAGCCCUGUUCAAAUCCUUGAUACAAUAAAAUAGAAAACUUUGUUUUUUUAAAAAAAACACACAAUUACAUUUAUUAUUAACUUUUCCAUCCAAUUAAAAUAUUUUUUUUUUUAAAAAAAUGUAUUUAUUUUUAUAUAUAUAUAGCAUUCCAAAUUCCAAAUUGUGUGUGUUUUUUAUAAUAUAAAAAGAAGAAAAAAAACUUUAUAUUUAUAUCUUAUUAAUAUUUCAUCGAGGUAUGUAAAAU